UCUGGCGCUUGAAAAUAACACAACCCUCUACCAAAAAGCCAAAAACACGUUCUUGCCGCGCCGCCAAAGAUGGAGAGCAUCAAUUGGCACUAAUUGCCGUCAAGCACCUUGGUAGAAGAAGAAAAGCAGGGACAAAGCAGUGCCAUUAAAAAAGACAGUGGCGGGAUGGGGUUGGCUUUGUCGUCGCUUCGCUUUUAGUUUUAGGGGAGAGGAAAAAAGAACCAGAACCUGGCACUUAAGCGCAUCCAAUUCUAUAUUGCUGCGGCAACAUUGAAUACAGCGGAGAAGGGGGCGGCUGCGCCUAUUGUGGUCACAGGUAGUGACAACUGGACUGGCCUUGCCAAUUGUGUAUAGUGGACACGAGCAAAGUUGUGAGCAGCAUCUUCCUAGCCUGUUCAGGCCGAAAAGGAAGGUUGAUCGAAGGAUCUCCAUGAAGCUUAAAAUACAGCUAGCUUAGGCGCAAGACAAUCCUCAGACGAUAUGAAUUGGAUUUGAUCUCUCUCUUGUAUACGCCACUGCGGGGAAGAUUCCCUGUAAGGCCUUAUAGUAUUUUGCAAUCGGACAUCACUCCUCCUCUUUCUCAAUCAGAAACCUAAUUUUAAGAAACAAAAGUGGGGCAUAGAAAGACGCUUUAAAAAUGGACCAGACAACAGGUGUGGUUGACAAAUACAAUGUUGAAGCAGCUGAAAGUAUAGCCAAUAGUGCGCAGCUACUGCAUAUCGCACAGGCAGCUCCAAUAUACGAGCAACUUUUAUCUGUAUUCCCAACAGCAGCUAGAUAUUGGAAGCAAUAUGUGGAGGCACACAUGGCUGUUAACAACGAUGAAGCUACCAAGCAGAUUUUUAGCCGUUGUUUAUUGAACUGUCUUCAAGUUCCUCUUUGGCGAUGCUACAUUCGGUUUAUCAGGAAGGUAAAUGAGAAGAAGGGUGCGGAGGGCCAGGAAGAAACUAGAAAAGCUUAUGAUUUCAUGCUCAAUUAUGUUGGGGCUGACGUAGCAUCAGGGCCUGUGUGGACAGAGUAUAUUACCUUUCUGAAGUCACUGCCGGCACUAAACACUCAGGAAGAGUCACAGCGGAUGACGGCUGUACGAAAAGCAUACCAAAAAGCUAUAAUCACUCCCACUCACCAUGUUGAACAACUUUGGAAGGACUAUGAAAAUUUUGAAAAUUCUGUCAGCCGUCAACUGGCCAAAGGACUGUUAUCUGAAUAUCAACCAAAAUACAACAGUGCCAGGGCUGUCUAUAGGGAGCGAAAGAAAUACAUUGAUGAAAUUGAUUGGAAUAUGCUUGCAGUACCACCAACAGGCUCUCACAAGGAAGAACAGCAAUGGAUGGCAUGGAAGAGGCUUUUAUCCUUUGAAAAAGGAAACCCGCAAAGGAUAGACACCUCAUCCUCCAACAAGAGAAUUAUUUUCACCUAUGAACAGUGUCUGAUGUAUUUAUACCAUUAUCCUGAUAUAUGGUAUGAUUAUGCUACAUGGCAUGCAAAAGGUGGUGCUCUGGAUGCUGCAAUUAAAGUAUUUCAGCGAGCCGUGAAGGCCCUCCCAGGUGACUCAGAAACGCUGAAGUAUGCAUAUGCAGAGUUGGAGGAAUCUCGUGGCUCAAUCCAGCCUGCAAAGAAAGUAUAUGAAAGCCUUUUGGGGGAUGGUGUUAAUGGAACAACCUUAGCACAUAUACAAUUUAUUCGCUUUCUAAGAAGGACUGAAGGGGUUGAGGCAGCUCGCAAGUACUUUCUAGAUGCUCGUAAAUCCCCAAACUGCACAUAUCAUGUGUAUGUAGCUUAUGCUUUGAUGGCAUUUUGUCUUGACAAGGAUCCAAAGGUUGCGCACAAUAUUUUUGAAGCAGGACUGAAGCGUUUUAUGCAUGAGCCAGUGUACAUUCUUGAAUAUGCAGAUUUUUUGUAUCGUUUGAAUGAUGACAGAAACAUAAGGGCUUUAUUUGAGCGGGCAUUAAGCUCACUACCACCUGAGGAAUCUGUUGAGGUUUGGAAAAGAUUUACUCAAUUUGAGCAAACAUAUGGAGAUCUUGCUAGCAUGCUGAAGGUUGAACAAAGACGGAAAGAGGCUCUUUCUAGGACAGGUGAAGAUGGAGCACUAGCAUUGGAGGCUUCACUGCAAGAUGUUGUAUCACGGUAUAGUUUUAUGGAUCUCUGGCCAUGCUCUUCAAGGGAUCUAGAUCAUUUAGCCAGGCUAGAGUGGCUCAGCAAAAAUCUUAACAAGAAAGUGGACAAAUCCACUUUGCCUAAUGGACCUGAUAAGGGUUCAUCAAGCCUUACAAGCAAUUCAAAUGUGUCAAGUAAAGUUGUUUUUCCAGACACGUCUCGGAUGGUAGUUUAUGACCCACGGCAAAAACUCGGGACGGGAGUUCCUCCGAGCACCGCAGCAAGUGGCCCCCUGUCUAAUACAGUUGUUGCCUUGAUGGGUGACGGAACAACUAAUGCAUUUGAUGAUAUUUUAAAGACAACACCACCUGCUCUCGUAGCCUUUUUGGCAAACUUGCCAACUGUUGAUGGCCCAAUACCCAAUGUCGAUGUUAUAUUGUCAAUUUGUUUGCAAAGCAACAUACCAGCGAGGACAUCAGGAAAAUCUAGGACUACCUCACAAUUGCAAGCAGGUCCGGCUCCUAGUACAAGCGACUUCUCUGGGUCCAACAAGUCCCAUACUGGCAUGAGUGCUGCAUCUUUUAAACCAGCAAGGGACAGACCGUUUGGGAAAAGAAAGGAGCUAGAAAGGCAAGAGGAGGAUGAAAGCACCACUGUGCAAAGCCAGCCUCAACCUAGAGAUGCAUUCAGGAUGCGACAGAUUCGGAAAUCUCGAGUAGGUACAACAACUUCACAGACAGGAUCAGCCUCAUAUGGAAGUGCCCUCUCUGGAGAUCAAUCUGGUAGCGUUGGAUAAAUCGACCUUUUUCUGUUUCUUUUUUCUCUUGGGUCUUGCAAUUUUCCUUUGUAAAUGGCAUGUGUCAUGUGUCCCCUAUUAUGAAGGGAUGUUUUGAUAUUUAUUUCACAUUAAAAUGUACUAAUUUAUACAUACUUUAAGAAUCUGGGUGAAUCUCUCGUGUGAGAUUUGCUCAUUGCUUCAUUUAUCUGGAUUCCAUGUCUGGGUUGUUUCC